UGCGUACGCCACCUGUAGGAUCCCCCCAAGCGAGCCACACGGGAUCGACAGACAUCUUGGCACAACACACGGCGAGGCAAAGCGUCAUCCCUUGCCUUGCCUCGCGUUCCCUCGCGCACACCACGGGCGAAUUUCGCACAAAUGAAGACAAGGCAGUGGCUCUCGCCGGGGCUGCUGCCGCUGCUGGCGUCGCUGCUGCUAUCGCUACCAACAUCCGCCGCCGCGGACCCCGUCAUCGAGGAUGGACUGUUCGACGUCCAGCCGUCACCCGAACUGCUCUUUGCACGCGCAGAUGCCACCGCCGCACCAUCGACAGGGACCACCGGCACCGGCGGCAGCAGCAUAGCCGAAAGGGCGCUCGACGGGACCGUGUGGACGUACACGGCCGCGCAGCCGGGCGUCGCGGUCAAGCCGGGCACCGAGCUGCGCAUCCUGCCCGUGGGGGACUCCAUCACCGCGGGUCAGUCGAGCGACACCACCGCGCAGGGGGACUGGAACGGGUACAGGAAGUGGAUGCGGGAUAUGCUGUCUGAGGACAAGGUUGUCUUUGCGGGCACCGUAAAGUAUGGUUCCAUGACAGAUGGAUGGACAAGCGCCUGGCCAGGACGGACGAUCGAGUAUGUCGGCAACAGGACGGGCCCGGCCCUCGCCCAGCGACCCAACAUCAUCCUCCUACACCUCGGCAUAAACGACAUGAGCUACCGGCCCGAGGUGUCGCUCGAGGGCAACGACCCGGUCAAGGCGGGGGAUCGGCUCGGCGCGCUCAUCGACAAGAUGACCGCGGCCUGCCCGGACGCCGUGGUUCUCGUCGGCGUCAUCACGCCCACCUGCAAGCCACAAAAUGUUGAGCGGGUCAAGCAGUACGAGGCUCUGAUCCCGGGCGUCGUGGCGCAGAGGCAGAAGUCGGGCAAGAAGGUCGUGGCUGUGGAUCUGACCAGCUUCCCGCUGAGCUUCCUCAAGGACUGCACUCAUCCCGAUAACCAGGGGUAUCAGCUGCUCGGCAGGUACUGGUAUGACUUCAUCACGCAGAUCCCAAAGGACUGGAUUGGGAAGCCGGUCGGGCCACCGCCAGACAGGGGGGACGGCAGUAACCCGGAUGCUGGUGGCGCUAGUGAUACUGGUGGCAGCGGCCAAGCUAGUGGGACUGGCGAUGCUGGAGCCGGAAGUGGAAGUGGAAGUGGCACUGGUGGGAGCACAAGCAGUACAGACGGGAGUGGAAGUGAAACAGCUGGGAGCGGCAGUGCAACAGAUGAGAGUGGAAGUGGAACACCUGGGAGCGGCAGUGCAACAGAUGAGAGUGGAAGUGGAACACUUGGGAGCGGCAGUGCAACAGAUGAGAGUGGAAGUGCCGGCGGAACCAGCACCGGCAGCCCUGCGCACAGCAACACCAGCAGCAACCCGACCGAUCCUCCGAAGAAUGUCGCCUCAAGGCCCCAAGCCACGCAGGGCGGACUGCGUUGGGUCUAUGCCGUGGCGGUGGUCGCGUCAUUAUUCUCCGCAUCCUUGCGGUAAUUUGAUUUCUUCUGUUGUUGCGUUCCUUUCCUGUACAUCCUUUUCCAGCAUUCCUCGUACCACGAAAGGCGUUAUGCACGGGGACAGUCCUUUCCGAAGACUUAUUCGCUGAAGGGGGCAGAGUUCGUC